AUGCCAUCCCGCCCUCAGAAUAUCGGCAUCAAGGCCAUUGAGAUUUAUUUCCCAUCUCAGUGCGUCGACCAAGCCGAACUCGAAAAGUUCGAUGGAGUCAGUCAGGGUAAAUACACCAUCGGCCUUGGCCAGACGAAGAUGAGCUUCUGCGAUGAUAGGGAAGACAUCUACUCUAUGUCCCUUACCACCCUCUCUUCCCUCCUCCGCAAGUAUUCCAUUGACCCCAAGUCAAUUGGUAGACUCGAGGUCGGCACAGAAACCAUCCUCGAUAAAUCCAAGUCCGUCAAAUCGGUAUUGAUGCAGCUGUUCGCGGAAUCGGGAAACACAAACGUCGAGGGUGUGGACACGGUAAACGCGUGCUACGGGGGAACCAAUGCGAUUUUCAACUCGGUAAAUUGGGUGGAAUCGUCCGCGUGGGAUGGCAGAGACGCCAUUGUGGUUACUGGCGAUAUCGCCCUGUAUAAGAAGGGGGCUGCUCGCCCAACUGGUGGCGCUGGCUGCAUUGCCAUGCUUAUCGGGCCCGAUGCGCCUAUCGUCUUCGAGCCCGGUCUCCGCGGUUCCCACAUCACCCAUGAAUACGAUUUCUACAAGCCAGACCUCACCAGCGAAUACCCUUACGUCGACGGCCACUACUCAAUCAAAUGCUACACGCGGGCCGUUGACUCCUGUUACAAGGCCUACAAUGCCAAGGAGAAAUUCUUGCAAGCCAGGGCACUGCAAAAUGGCAGCGCUAAUACAACCGCCGUAAACGGCAGCACCGCCAGCAACGGCGAAUCCACCUCCAACACCAACACCCCCCUAGACCGCUUCGACCACGUCAUCUUCCACGCACCGACCUGCAAGCUCGUCGCCAAGUCCUACGCCCGCCUGCUGUACAACGACUACCUCGCUGACCCAGCCCACCCGGCCUUCGCAGAGGUCCCCGCCGAGCUUCGAGAUCUGGACUAUGAAGCUUCCCUCAGCGACCGGGCCAUCGAGAAGGCCUUCAUGGCGAUGACCAAGAAGCGCUUCAACGAGCGCGUGCAACCCUCCAUCGAGGUGGCGACGAUGUGCGGGAACAUGUACUGCGCAAGCGUCUACGGAGGUUUGGCCAGUUUAUUGACGAACGCGUCGUUCGAGAACGCGGCGCAGCACCAGAAGCGGAUUGGGGUCUUCAGCUAUGGCAGCGGGCUCGCGAGCUCCAUCUUCAGCGUGAAGGUUGUGGGCGAUAUUUCAGGGAUUGUGGAGAAGAUUGAUCUGAAGAAACGCCUUGCGGCGAGGAGGACUGUUGCGCCGGAGGUCUACGACGAGAUGUGCGUCCUACGCGAAAAUGCUCAUCUUAAGAAAAACUUCACGCCCGCCGGAAACAUCGACACCAUCACACCCGGAACCUACUACCUGGUCAAGGUGGAUGAUAUGUUCCGACGAGAGUACCAGAUCAAGGCAUAG